AUGAAUGGACCGGUAGAUGGAGCUGAUUGCAGAUUAAGAUCUGAAGAGUACGGAGCUGCAUGCCCAGUAGAUGAUGCGUCUAAUUAUGAAGUUUAUGAUGAGCUUCCCAUGGACACAUGGACCACAUCCGGAGCCUACGAAUCCACAAUUAACGCUCCGUCAAAGUUUUGGAGUCCGGUGGCACGAGGUGACGAUGGAACGAGAGCAAGGGUUGGGGAAGACGAUGGGAUAAUCUUGGACCUGUCAUCAGAGGUUCCAGAUGACAGAAUAAUCACAUACGAAAACAUCCACGAGAACAUAAGAUAUAUUGCCUACUGUUCAACGUAUAAUACGCACUUCAUGCGGAUUGUGGACGGACAGAACCUCCUGUGGGAAGAAGAGCCAAACGUCACGUCUACCUGUGUCUUUGUCUAUUUUACCGGUGACCGGACGUUUAUCAACAUUAACAUUGAGUCAAACGGUAAAUCGGACCUCUUGUUUUUCGAGAAGAAGGAUCUUAGGUACAACAAUUUCGGCUAUGUCAACAGAAAACCAAAGUCAUAUGCUGAACAGAUUAACGACGCCUCCGGAGCUAAAAGUGCCAUUCCAGAGUCCAAUGUGCAAUACAAAAGGAUUGAAACGUCAGAAGUUAGAUCUUACGAUAAAGAAAAACCAAAAGAGCCCUGCAUGCAGAAUAGACGAGAGUGGUCAGUAACCGAAGGUGAUGAUGACACCGAAAACGUAACACACGGCAAGGACCUGCAAGAUGUUCUGAGGGGGACACAAGGAGCAAAAACCACAGGGGCCGAACGAGUAACUGAGGAACGAUUAUUCAUUCUGACAAUUCCAGACCCAAUUGAUGCCAGCAAAGUCACCGUUUACCAAACCGAGGGCAACAAUGUCGUGAACAAAAUAUUUACACCAACCAUGGGAAACGUUAUAGAGAUGGUCUACUACAAGACCCUAAAGAUAUGGGAGAAGAAUGUCAACGAGGAGUGCGUCAUAGUCGAGUACUUUACAAACGGAGAAAUGACCCUAGUGGAACUAUCCGUAGACCAAUCCGGGUGGAAGGACCACAUUUACAUUGAAAUAAAUUGCGGCAUGAAAUCCUACAUUUCCAAAUACGAGUUUGACGCCAAAACCAAACACCUAAAGGCUCCCGAAGAAAGGGGCUAUGUAGACAAAUUUUGGGGCAUGGUAAGGUCCAAAAGGCGCUAG